UAAAGAAUCGAGCCACGCGAGUCAUUCGCAGCGCGCGAGGCGGACAGAGGACAUGUGGCCCAGCGGUCGCUGGACCAACCGGCUCCGCAACAGCGACCCGGGCAUGGCCCGAUGUUCACCUCCGUCUCCCAAAAUUAAGCUGCAAAGCAGCGACGGAGAGGUCUUCGAUGUGGACGUCCAGACCGCCAUUGUGUCCGGCACGCUGAGGACCAUGCUCGAAGACCUGGACCGGAUGAAACGGAACGAGGACGAAGAAGUCGUGCCCCUGUUGAACGUCAAGGCUGCCAUCCUGAGGAAGGUGAUACAAUGGGCCACCUACCACAGGGACGAACUCAUGGUAGUCGUCGAGGAGAACAGUUAUACAGUCUCCUCGUGGGACGCUGAAUUCUUCAAUGUGGACCAAGCCACGCUCUACGAACUCAUUCGGGUUGCAGACUACCUAGACAUCAAAGGUCUUUUGGAAGCAGCUUGCAAAAUGGUGGCGCGUACUCUUUCGGGGAAGAGCACAGAGGAAAUGCGCAGGCUGCUUGGCAUCAAGAGUGACAUGACAUCCUCUGAAGAGCUUCAGGUGAAGAAAGAAACUGAGUGGUAUGAGGGAAGUCCAAAGUCUUGACCGACGCUCGAGCAAAACGCACGAAUAAAUCCCUACCGUAUUUCA